GCGAAGGACAAUACACCUCAAAAACGCAAUUGACGCUUCGCAACGAAACUGCGUCCUGAACGAAUAGGAGGGCGGUGGUUUGACUAACGGUACUGCUGGCUUUAUCAGAGGUAUUGUUUACGUCGAUGCUGCGCGACAGUAUGAGGCCAAGCGGAGCACUAGCGACAGUGAUGCUGUUGCUGAUCCAGCUCAUCUGUUUCAAACACAUUCAUGCCGAGGAAUCAGGGACGGUCAUCCCCGCUGAGAGCCGGCCAUGCGUUGAUUGUCAUGCCUUCGAGUUCAUGCAGAGAGCAUUGCAAGACCUGAAGAAAACAGCUUUCAACUUAGACUCACGGACGGAGGAUUUGGUGCUGAGGGCUGAGAAGAGGGCACUGUGCGACUGCAUGCCGGCCAGCAGUCUGCGCUAAAAAAAAGCCUGACGUAAACACUGCACUCAGAUAUAGAAACCAUUAUAUACCUACAGGAUAUACUACCUGCUCUCAUCAUAAUACACACUCAAACAUAGUUCCUGUCAUGUGUCACAUGACACACGUUUUAUCUUUCAUCGUAGUAUGUGCAUAGAGUAUCAAAUACACAUCCUGACUAAAGUCAACACAAACUCUGCAGUUUAAAUGUCAAUUAUUACAUAAGUGUGCAAUAAAGACAGGGGUACGUGUUUCCUCUCCAGGCACAAUGCACUGCAAAAUAUUCUGAAAUCAUAAAACACACUAAUUAUAAUUAUUUACACAGUAGACUAUAUGUUUUUUUCAAAUGUUGAAUUGUAUUUUAUAUUUGUGUUCUAGAAAUAUCUGAUCACAAUAGUCAUUUUAGAUGAAUUAAAUAUCAGAAUUGAAAUGUCCAUCUCCAGGAGUUGUUUAGUGUUUAGUCAGAUUAUUAGAUUAUAGAUACAGUAUAUAAUUAGAAAUGAAGCUGCAUGUAAAGUGAUAGUGUAGAAUUUUAUAUGAGGAUUUAUGAAGAUGGAACUUGAAGUAAGGUUCCUAUAUAAAGAUUACUUUGCUACUAAGAUGCAAGUUCACAGCUGUAACAAUGUCUUUUUGUGUGUAGAAAAAGUGCAUUAAAACACAUGACACCAUA